AUGCCGAAGAACAGCAAGGUGACUCAGCGUGAGCACAGCAACGAGCAUGUCACUGAGUCUGUGGCUGAUCUGCUGGCCCUCGAGGAGCCCGUGGACUAUAAGCAAAGUGCACUGAAUGUAGCUGGUGAGUCAGGUGGCAAGCAGAAGGCUGCAGAGGAGGAGCUGGACGCAGAGGACCGGCCAGCCUGGAAUAGCAAGCUGCAGUACAUCCUGGCCCAGAUUGGCUUCUCCGUGGGCCUCGGGAACAUCUGGAGGUUCCCCUACCUGUGCCAGAAAAAUGGAGGGGGUGCCUACCUGGUGCCCUACCUGGUGCUGCUGAUCAUCAUUGGCAUCCCCCUCUUUUUCCUGGAGCUGGCUGUGGGCCAGAGGAUCCGCCGGGGCAGCAUCGGUGUGUGGCACUACGUGUGCCCCCGCCUGGGAGGCAUUGGCUUUUCCAGCUGCAUUGUCUGCCUCUUUGUCGGGCUGUAUUAUAAUGUGAUCAUCGGGUGGAGCAUCUUCUACUUCUUUAAGUCUUUUCAGUACCCACUGCCCUGGAGUGAAUGUCCUGUCAUCAGGAAUGGGACCGUGGCAGUGGUGGAGGCAGAGUGUGAGAAGAGCUCAGCCACUACCUACUUCUGGUACCGAGAGGCUUUGGACAUCUCCAACUCCAUCUCUGAGAGUGGAGGCCUCAACUGGAAGAUGACACUGUGCCUCCUUGUGGCCUGGAGCAUUGUGGGCAUGGCUGUCGUCAAGGGCAUCCAGUCCUCCGGCAAGGUGAUGUAUUUCAGCUCCCUCUUCCCCUACGUGGUGCUGGCCUGCUUCCUGGUCCGAGGGCUGCUCCUGCGAGGGGCAAUUGAUGGCAUCCUACACAUGUUCACUCCCAAGCUGGACAAGAUGCUGGAUCCACAGGUGUGGCGAGAGGCCGCCACACAGGUCUUCUUUGCUCUGGGACUGGGCUUCGGCGGCGUCAUCGCCUUCUCUAGCUACAACAAGCAGGACAACAACUGCCACUUCGAUGCUGCGCUGGUGUCCUUCAUCAACUUCUUCACCUCGGUGUUGGCCACCCUCGUGGUAUUUGCAGUGCUGGGCUUCAAGGCCAACAUCAUGAAUGAGAAGUGUGUGGUCGAGAAUGCUGAGAAAAUCCUGGGGUACCUCAACUCCAAUGUCCUGAGCCGAGACCUCAUCCCACCCCAUGUCAACUUCUCCCACCUGACCACCAAGGACUAUGCGGAGAUGUACAAUGUCAUCAUGACCGUGAAGGAGGACAAAUUCUCAGCUCUGGGGCUGGAUCCCUGCCUCUUAGAGGAUGAGCUUGAUAAGUCUGUGCAGGGCACAGGCCUGGCCUUCAUCGCCUUCACCGAGGCCAUGACACACUUCCCUGCCUCGCCAUUCUGGUCUGUCAUGUUCUUCUUGAUGCUCAUCAACCUGGGCCUGGGCAGCAUGAUCGGGACUAUGGCGGGCAUCACCACCCCCAUCAUCGACACUUUCAAGGUGCCCAAGGAGAUGUUCACAGUGGGCUGCUGUGUCUUUGCAUUCUUCGUGGGGCUGUUGUUCGUCCAGCGCUCCGGAAACUACUUUGUCACCAUGUUUGAUGACUACUCGGCCACCCUGCCGCUCACCGUCAUCGUCAUCCUUGAGAACAUCGCUGUGGCCUGGAUCUAUGGGACCAAGAAGUUCAUGCAGGAGCUGACGGAGAUGCUGGGCUUCCGACCCUAUCGCUUCUACUUCUACAUGUGGAAGUUCGUGUCUCCGCUGUGCAUGGCCGUGCUGACCACUGCCAGCAUCAUCCAACUGGGGGUGACACCCCCAGGCUACAGCGCCUGGAUCAAAGAGGAGGCUGCUGAGCGCUACCUGUAUUUCCCCGACUGGGCCAUGGCCCUCCUGAUCACUCUCAUCAUCGUGGCAACGCUGCCCAUGCCAGUGGUCUUCAUUCUGCGACACUUCCACCUGCUCUCCGACGGUUCCAACACCCUCUCCGUGUCCUACAAGAAGGGCCGCAUGAUGAAGGACAUCUCCAACCUAGAGGAGAAUGAUGAGACUCGCUUCAUCCUCAGCAAGGUGCCCAGCGAGGCGCCUUCCCCCAUGCCCACCCACCGCUCCUAUCUGGGGCCCGGCAGCACCUCACCCCUGGAGACCAGUGGCAACCCCAAUGGACGCUAUGGAAGCGGAUACCUCCUGGCCACCACUCCUGAGUCAGAGCUGUGACCACAGCCCCCACCCUGCCCGCUGUCCCCCCACGCCCAGCCUGCCCACUUCUCUGGGCCUGGCCUCUUCCUCCAUGGUGGCCACCAGACCCAGUCCAGCCCUCUGCCAAAGAAGAGAGGGUCCACCCUCCCUCAUUCCCCACCCUGUCCCAACAGACUCUAAUCUCUAGCCCUGAGCAAGGGUCUAGGGACGGUUCUGUCCCCUAGUCCGGGCCCCCAAUCCACCUGACCCUCGGAACCUCUCACCAGUUUGCAGCCGUGUAACCAGUACCAUCCAGAAGCCCCGAUUCUCAGUACAGUGGGGACUCCACGUAGCCAUUCAGGAGUCCCCCCACCCUUCUGUCUUAGGUGUGGAGAGGGUCUCCUUGUGCUGCCGCAUGGCAGCAGUGAAAGGCGUCAGACUUAGGGGUGCACAGGGUGGCUUUGGCAGCCUGCUUAAAGCUGGGGAUGCGGACAGAUAUGCUGGGAGUGUGUGCGAGCUUCCCGAUCCUGUUUCGUGAGGUAGAUGCUGCCCUCCCGCUUGAGCAUGGGCUUUGGGAGCAAAGGGAGCUCAAGGGCCCCAGGUGUAGGUGUGAUCAUGGGAUGUCCUCGUCCCUACCUGGGUUGAGCGGGGUAUGCUCUUGCAGCCUGCCGGAAUCUACCCACGUCAAUUAGGGCUUAGCCAUCUCUCAGCCCCCGCCAAUGGACCUGGAGCCCAGGGUGGUGGCUUCUGCCUCUUGCCCCAGAGAGAAGGGGGCAGUACAAGGUGAGGCUUCCACAGCACAAUUUGAUAGUUCCCCGCACAAUUCAGAUGGUUUGGAGCACAAUUGUGAAGCACACUCUGUCUCCCCUUACCUGGGGCCCAGUUCUCUUCCUAGUGGCAGCUUCUCCCCUGGAAUGGGGUCCCUGGAAUUCAGGGGCUUGUCCCCAGGAAGCCUCAUUCCUGAGGAAAAGACAGGUAAUUUCACUGCCCCUUGGCACCACCACUCACUCUCCUGCUGCACAAGCACAGCUGCCAGUGUGCACAUUGCGUGCGGACACCUCGGAAACCUUCCCAAGCUGCUCUGGCCCAUAGCAGACAGUGCCACAGACAGUGCUGCAGAUAUGGGAGGUUGCCAAGGACAAGGUGGAGCCUCUGCCCUGAGCUCCAGCACCCAAAGGAAGCUGCAGCUGAUGGCAGCAUCCCUGCCGGCUCUUACCUUCAGAGCCUCCCUGGAAGAGGAGUUGCUCUGGGAAUGUAGCCUGUGAGAAUUGAGAUCCUGAACUAAGAAUAAAUGUCUAGAGAGAGAUAUGGAUGGAUGGACGGAUAGAUGGAUGUGUAGAUGGAUGGGUGGAUGGAUUGAUGGAUGGAUGGAU